AGAUGGUUGUCUAGGAACUGCGUGGUGGUAAUCACAGAAAAACCGUAAGCUUCUCCAGGCGCACGGGGGCCGGGAACAGCCCACGGAAUGCCUCUCACAGGUCGGGUGGUUCACCCCGGCGUGGCGGAACCUGCAGUCACACUGCCCGAGUUUCCGGGGGGACCAUCAUCGUGGCCGGACGCUGUGGCGCGGCAGUUUAAUUCUCCCGUGGUUGCUGAUUGAGCGGGACAGGAUGGUGUUGACUGGGCUCAUCAGGAAACUCGGUCACCAGCUGGCAGAGAUCCGAGAGCGCGCGCUCCGCACCAUUCUCAGCAAGGUAGAGCUCAACCUGGUGGGCGGCGCGGACCUGGCGCAAGACCGACUGCUGUUCGUGCACCUGCUGCAGUGGUUCAACUUCCCGUCGGUUCCCCUGCAAGCAGAGGUGCUUGGCUUGCUGAGCACGCUGGUCAAGUUUCCCGCAGCCGUCCAGCAUUUGGUUGACCUCGGCGCAGUGGACUUCUUGUCCAAACUUCGUGCUGAUGUGGAGCCCAGUCUGCAGGCUGAAAUCGAUGGCAUUCUGGAUGGACUUUUUAUCCUUCCUUCAGACGUUCCUGCGCUGUGUUCUGCCUCUUUCCAGACCAUUCAAACGGAAUUGCCACAACCACCUGAAAUCUUAACAGGAUAUUUUCCUCCAGACAAAAGCCAUUUCCAGCAGACGGACGGGCUGCCCGGAGCCGUGGUGACUCCGACCGCGAAGUGCUUCAAGUGCACGACGUUCCCUUGGCUGCCCCUGACCACCACGGACAGACAUGUUCUCUCCUCUAACGAGAGCUCUUUAAGGAGCAGUAACCACACUUUGAUCUGGAACACCUGUGAGCUGUUGAAGGAUGUCAUCAUGCAAGACUUUCCUGCUGAGAUUUUCCUCCAAAGGCCGAAGAUCGUUCAGAGCCUCCUCGCCCUGCUGAAGCUGGCCUUCGGCGCCGGGACCGCGCCCCGCCUGGCGCUGCAGUCGCUGUCCUGCCUGCAGCAGCUGUGUGUGUCUUUACGAAGCAGACUGCACUUCCACCGUGACCCGGGCUUUUUCUCCAGCAAACAGGACACAGUUUCCCAAAAUUCUUCUUUGUCUUACUGCCCGGAAGUAAGGGUUACUCAUCAUUCUCAGAAUCCUUCUCCGGGAAGCAGCAGCCCCCGGCCCUCUGUGGUCGGACGCACGGGACUGCGGCCCCGAGGGGACGGCCAGGACUGGGACGCAGCGUCAUCCAGCGGGAGCAGCAGCCAUGCGCACGCGCACUCCAGGAUCUCCCUGCCUUCGCCUCUGGACGCCGCUGCGGUGCCGCUGGAGCUGCCGGAGCUGGAGGCCGAGGACCCGCUGCGCCUGCGCUUCCAGCAGCUGAGCCUGCCGCAGUUCUGCGUCUGCGUGCUGGAGGCCGCCGCGCCGCUGCUGCGCUCAGGUAGUGGACAGAUGCUAAUAAGAGUUCUGGAGUUGCUUGCAGAGGAUUUGAUACUUAUUGGUGAAGCAAUUUCAACAGACAUCUGGGACGACAGCAGCCUCUUUGCUAUAGAUAUGAAGGAGAGAUUGCUGGCGGUGCUGGGGUCCCUGGGAGAAACCCUGUGCCACCAUCACAGCGGCGUGGGCCUGGAGCAGGUGGAACCGGCGUGGCGGCUGCACCGGAUGGCGUUCGUCAGCGUGGCUCUGCUAGCGGUGCGGCUGCUGCAGACGCUGCUCCCCGUGGAGAAGGCAAGCCAGUUUUUACCGGAGUCUAUGUCAGCAGCAUUGUUUCUCAUUUCUUUGGACAUGCCUAUUUCAUUGGAAUAUCCAAAUAUUCACGAAGCUGUGGUGGCCUAUUUGGAACAGCUGAACUCUGAAAACUACAGUAUUUAUAAACGAACCGCAGAGGCUGUGUAUUCAAUUGAAUGUGCCUGCAACUUCCUGUCUGACGUUGGGAAGGAGGGAGAGAAGAAUCUUCUAGAAUUAGUGGAGCUGGCAGACCAAGCUUUGCGUAGCUUUUCCUAUCAUCAGUAUCUUCCCCUCAUAAAGGAAAUCAUCCGCAUUUGUUCAAUGAUCUGGAGGCCGGCCCAGGCCAGCCCACUGCUGCAGGGGGAGAGUCAGCGGGUUUUUCUGCGGAUGCUGUCUCACCCCCUGCCCCCCGUGAGGGCGGAGACCUACCGCUGCUGCCUGGAGAUCGUUAAGGAAUGUUUAGGUGUCCAUAAUGUUAGUGAACCUGUAUCUUCACUUUGUAAUGGAAUUCACUUUCUACUCCACCCAAAAGUUCUGUAUGAAAUCUCUGCGUUCGGCCUACAGGAGCCUAAGAAUGAGGUGAACGCUGCGGCCAAGGCCAUCCUGCUGUACCUGCUGCAGGGGCGGCUGAUGAUGACAGCGGCGACCUGGGACAGGCUCGUCCAGUCUCUGUGUCCUGUCCUCCCAGUGCUGCAGGGCUACGCCGACACAGAGGACCCCCUGGGUAGCUGCAUCCUCCUUCUCAGCGAGGCGGGCGCCGAGGCGGGCGCAGGGGCUCUGCCCUCCGUUGCCCGGCUGAGGUCCGUGCUGCGCCUGCUGCUCGUGAAGAAGCCGUCGGUCCGUUCGCUGGCCCUGAAGCUGCUAGCGUGUCAUCUCACCGGGGAGGAAGGGGCCGGCGGGAAGCGCCCCACGAUGGAUGCCAGAGUCCUCUCCAGAGUUUCCAACUUGUUUUUGGCGAAGACGCCCAUUGACCUCAAACUGGAUGACAGAAGAGAGCUGAUUAUCAAGUUGGAGACUGUUGAAAAGGUGUAUGAAAUCUUUAUCUCAGACGACAUUGACCUUGUGCUGAGAAAGUCAGCCGCGGAGCAGCUGGCCGUGAUUCUGCAAGAUAUUAAAAUGCAUGCUGUGGUGAAAAAGUUAUGCCUAAUUGACAAGAUAAUUGAAUAUUUAAAUGAAUGUGUAGGUCAGGACGGCGAGGUGGUAGAGUGUCUGAUCCCGCCGAGCCUCGCGCUCCUGAGGAAGCUUCUGUGCGCGGACCCGGCGGCCCGAGACGCCCUGGCACAGCGGCCUUCGCUCCUGACCCUGCUGUUCAGAGUGUCCUUGAUAUUUCGGGAAGAUUGCACUGUCGUGACUGAAGUCGGGGCACUGUUCUGUCUUCUGUUAUUUGAUGAAGUCUCGAGAAUGGACGCGUGGUCUGUCGCUCCUCCCGGGAAACCGUCUUCACCGUCGGUCUUCAGUUUGCCUGUUUCAGUUUGUAGAAGGUAUCACCUGCCAGUGCAAGUGCUCGGCCACCACGCCGUGAGCCCUUACUCCGUGGUGUUGCCGUUGUCCGCCGACUGUUUGGCCUUGAGGCCGGUCUCAGACAUGCUGAGGAUGGCGUGGAACCUGUCCUGGCACCACGGGCCGGACGGCCUGCUGCGGCACCUGAGCUCCGAAACGCGCAUCCCAGAGUUCUCAGACACCCUGAGAUUAUCCCCGGAGGACACCCUGGUGCUCACGGUGACACACGCAGCCAGCGGCCUGGAGGGCUGUCUCCAGGCCGUCACAGAGGCUGCCGCCCACGAAGAAGUGAGGGCCGCGGUCACCAGCAUGAGUUUCUACUUCCUGAAUGACAGACUGUCACUGGAGGGCGGCGCCGGCCCCCGUGGGGUUUCGCUGAGGUCCUUGGCUUGGCACAGCGCCCUGGGCAGGUUUCUGCAGGUGCUGCCUGCUUGCGCUGAAGAUGAGAAACUGCUGAUAGACAUCGUACAUUUUCUGAAUAAGUUAUUGAAGGAACAAAGGAAAAAGUCAUCGGUGGAACUUCUCAGCUGGCUUCUAGAAUUACUUCUUAGACCUAGUCCAAACCCACUGCUGGACCUGCUGGUUCUGACGGAGUCUCAGGCACGGGAGGAGGCAGAUGACGUCCGAGCCGCGGUCAGGCAGCAGCUGCAGAAGGAGCUGAUGGCCUUUUUCAACACCUUGCUGCUCAGUCUCGGGGCAGUUACUGACAGGAAGUGCUUGGAACUUUUCCAUGCUUUCCAAACGCGGCUGGCGCUGAAGCUGCUCCAGUGCCUGCGCGUCACAGACGCGCCGCACUUCUACGGCCUGCCCUCCCUGGAGAGGACCCUGCGGGGCGUGGCCCACCUCACCGCGCUGCCCGGCUGGGGCUCCCGCGCUGCCCUCGCCACGCCGCUGGACAUCUGCGUGAAGUACUUGUCGGGCCUGCUGGAAGUCAUCACCUCCUUUUACGUGGAGCGUGGGGGAAACGCCACGUCCUUCAUGGGGAAGGGCGUCACCAAGAGCACGGUCCUCUGCUUGCUCCACCUGUCUCACGAGAUGGCGGCCCAGGACCGGAGCCCGGAGUGGGUGUCACUCUGGUCCCUGCCGUUGGGUGGUCCCAGCGAGGAGCACGCGCCCGCCCAGCAGGGACUGGCCUGGCUGGUUCCACUGUGGGUCGACCGAGACCCAGAGGUGCGGUUCACGUCGCUGGGGUUGGGGGCAGCACUGACCACCGUGGAGAGCGGCUGCGUGGCCUUGGCCCAGAGCUGCCAGAACAUUUCUGGGGGGCUCUGGGGCACCGUGGUGAACAUUCUCCUGGACCAGUCGGAGUGCAGCCUGGUGCGCCGGGAGGCUGCGUUUAUUCUUCAGAAUCUCCUUGUAAUUCCAAUGCCGUCAGUAAUUAUAAAGGAUUAUACUUGGCAGGGCCCCUGUGUCCAUGACGAGGACUCUGGGCUGUCGCUCAUAGGAAAGCCCGCCCUGCAGGCCCUUUUGCAUCACUGCCAUUUCUACGAACACUUGGGCCAGAUGGUGAGACAGUGUCACCUCGGACUGUAUACCUGUGACUGGAAGGGCUCCGCCCUUGACAGAGCUUCAGACGGCAGCGAUUUAAAUGGCUUGGAAGACUCAUUCAAGUUUUGGAGUGCUCCCUCCAGAACGUCCCAUCAAGAUCGAGAUCCAAGCUCUCUCUCCACCUUGGAAACAAUGGUGGCGCCCUCCUCGGGGAGCUCGGGACUGUCACCGACGGCGCCCCCCUCCGCCACGUCUCUCCCGGACCCCUCGCGCGGCCUGUUGGUGGCUCCAGGAUGUUUUCUCUGCAUGCUUUCAAUCACAGGUCAGGCCGAAACUGCGUCCCCGCGGCUGCCUCGUGAUUCGUCCCUUUCUGCUGCCUGGCCCCGACCGUGCGUCCUGGUGACCCCACCCCUCCUCUCCGCGAUGUGCAGCCUCUCCGACAGCCUCCUGGUGAUUGCUCCCAGGGACACGGCAUGUGCUUUCCGACAGGCUCGGCUCUUAGAGCUCCUCUGCAGUGUCGCCGAUGCCACCCUCAUAGAGAGCUGUGUGCAGGAGCUGAAGGCCCCGCUGCCAUCGUCCCCCCCGGCGGAGCACACGCAGGCCCAGGCGUCCUUCCUCCUGGAGUACCUGUGCUCCUUGUCCCGGCUUCUGCAGUCCUGCGCGGUGGUGGACCCCGGCCUCGUGCUUCAGGACGAGCUUCUGAAACCUUUUGUUGCGAACGUCAUCAGAGUUCUCACCAUCCGCACCAACCAUCUGCUGGAUGGCGAGUUAGUAUUGGCGUUUUAUCAGACGUGGACACAUUUAUUUAACCUCCUGGCCGCCCUCCUGAGGAAAGCUGCAGCUGCCUCUCUGCCACCCAUAACCACAGGACUGGCCCAGCACUGGGUGGCAGUGCUUGACAGGUUCUGUGAGUGUGCGGGUCUGUCCGCCACCUGCCCGGCGCUCUACACCGCCAGCCUGCAGUUCCUCUCCAUCCUCUUGACCGAAGAAGCAAAGCGGCGCCUUCGAGAUAAGGAUGGAGCCAGUUCCCGUCACGGCGCAACGAUGGCUUCUCUCCUGGACGAAGCACCGGCAAGUGAGAAGCCUCUCGAACGACUUAAUGAAGUCAUGAUUCAGUGCUACCAAGGGAAGUCCCCCGGAGACGCCCUGCGCAGCGUGGCGGGGCGAGGGCUGCUGGCGCUGCUGGCUGUCAGCCGCCGGGCGCAGAGGCUCGCCCUGAAAGCCGAUCUGAUAGACAGCUGCCUCGAGCAGAUGAAGCAUGUCCACGCCCAGCUGAACCUCGCCUCCCUGAGGCCGGGGAGAGCAGCGCUGAGGAAAAAGGAGGGUGGUUUCGCGAAAGAGUUAGGCACCGCCAUGCAGCUGCUACGGAACUGUCUUUAUCAGAAUGGAGAAUGUAAGGAAGCAGCGCUUGAAGCCCACCUCGUGCCUGUGCUGCAUGCCCUCUGGCCUUGGCUUUUGGUGGACGACUCACUGAUGCAGAUCGCUCUGCAGCUGCUCUGUGUCUACACUGCGGAUUUCCCCAACGGUUGCAGCUCUCUCUGUUGGUCAAGUUCUGGACAGUGUCCUGCCCCGGCCCUGUGCAGGGGCGGCCCCGGGAGCUCUCUGAUGCUGUGUGUGCUGAAGCUGGCCUCCCCGGCGCCCCUCGGGGGCUCCACCGGCCAGCACACAGUCUUCCUGCUGCUUUCGAACCUGGUCCUGUCGCACGACUGCAGAGCCGUGAUCCAGAAAACUAACUUCUUGCAGAACUUUCUGUCUCUUGAAUUGCCAAAAGGAGGGAACAAGCAUCUCAGCCCCCUGACCAUCCUCUGGCUGAAGCUGCUCCUGAAUGUGUCGCUUGGGGAGGACGGGCAGCAAACGAUCCUGCGGCUGGACGGCUGCUUGGACCUGCUGGCGGAGAUGAGCAGGUUCCGGCCCCGGCGCGGCCCGUGCCUGCCGCUCCUCAUCUUCCACAACAUCUGCUUCAGCCCUGCCCACAAGCCCAGGAUCCUGGCCAACGAAAAAGUCGUCAGUGUGCUGGCCGCCUGUCUGGAGAGCGAGAGUCCGAACACCCAGAGGAUCGGUGCCGCCGCGCUGUGGGCUCUGACCCACAAUUACCAAAAGGCGAAAACGACUUUGAGAAACCCAUCGAUAAAAAGAAGAGUGGAGGAAGCAUAUUCCUUAGCAAAGAAAACCUGUGCAAACUCAGAAGAAAACCCUCUAAGGGCCUAUUAUUUGAAAUGUCUCGAAAACCUCGUUCAGCAGCUGGCCUGUUCGUGAGGAUGGAGGCGCUCUGCCCUGCGGCCGGGGCAGCUGGACGGCGAGCCACGCAGGGGAGCGGUCAAGGAGCCAGCUCCGUGCCCGCCGUCGCCCGAAGACGGGAGCCGUCCGCCAGGUGCCGGUGGCCCGCUCUGUCCCUGCGCCUCCCACUGGCUCUCCAGGUGAGAGCGGCGGACCACGUAGAAAAAAGACACAGAGUUCUGGGGGCUGCCUUUCUCUAUGCAAUUAGCUUUGUAAAAAUUCUAUUUAACAGUUAUUUAAUAAAAUGAAAUAUGUCUAGAAACUGGAAAUUGACUAAUGGUUAAUGGCUGCCUGCAGACUUCUAUUAUCUCAUGGAUGUAAAUUUUAGGGAUGGAAAGAUGAUGUUGUAUUCUGAUUUCCUUUUGUAACUUUUCUACAUUAAAUUUGGCUCUUGUCAG